UCACACACGACAUCCCGUUUCAUAUACGAUACCCUCUCGCUAUCUCUCUCUGUGUUCAUUGGGUGUUAAAUGGGAAUUUGGGUUAUAGUUUCCAUUUCUUAAUCAUCACGGCUUUACAAAUUCCUAGUCGAAUGUUGUAUUAGUAGCGUUUUUCUAUUUGAUAUCUUUCAACCCUUAUCUGGGUUUCUCUCUAUUCACACCUUAUUCUAACUAUCAUGCAAAAUUUCCUUAAUGUUGUUUCCUUUUUCUUUAUAAAUAGCAUUUUUUCCUUCGUUUUCCAUCUGGGUUCUCAUUUUUGCCUUCCAAGGGGCUGAUUAUUACUUUCUGCUAGUUUUCUUUGAUUUCUUCUGGGGUUUCUUUUAUCUUAUCUGUUUCCCCAUCCAUUUUUAGCAACAUUUGGAGCUCUCUCCCUCUCUCUCUCUCUCUCCCUCUCUCUCCAUGAAAUAGACCUCUUUGUUGGAUCUUUUGAUGCUGACACCAUUCGUUUUAAGCUGAACUAAGAGGAGGAUUUGAUUGAGAACCAGCACUAUUGCUGCAACGGUUUGAAUUUUGUCAAAAGCUACGAAAGAUGAAGUGUUUCUUCCCCUUCAAGGACAAAUUCAAGGCCAAGAGAGGAUCAAGAUCCGCCCCAGAGCUGCAAGACCAAAGCAAAUCAGAUAGUUCGGCCACAAAGCGCACAAGCAAGUCAUUGAGUUCAUUACCGUCGCCACGGACCAUUCCGGAAUUGUACAAAGAAAAGGAGCAAAACUUGAGAGUUUUCACUUACGAAGAGCUGAGGGAAGCAACAAAUGGUUUCAACAGGUUGCUAAAGAUUGGAGAAGGUGGUUUUGGGAGUGUGUAUAAAGGUAAAAUUAGGCCUCCAGAUGGCCAGGUUGAUCCCACUGUGGUUGCCAUAAAAAAGCUAAACACGAGAGGCAUGCAGGGUCAUAAACAAUGGCUCGCAGAAGUUCAAUUUCUUGGUGUUGUGAGUCACCCAAACCUAGUGAAACUUCUAGGAUAUUGUUCCAUUGACGGAGAAAGAGGGAUACAACGAUUGUUGGUAUAUGAGUUCAUGCCUAAUAAGAGUCUAGAAGAUCAUCUGUUCAACAGGGCAUUGCCCACUCUGCCUUGGAAAACAAGAUUAGAGGUUCUCCAUGGUUCGGCUCAAGGAUUGGCUUACCUACAUGGGGAACUGGAAGUGCAGGUGAUCUAUCGAGAUUUCAAGUCCUCAAAUGUGCUCUUGGAUGAGGACUUUAAGGCAAAGCUCUCAGACUUUGGGCUCGCUAGGGAAGGUCCACAGGGUGACCAUACCCAUGUAUCCACAGCGGUGGUUGGGACGUAUGGGUAUGCUGCCCCAGAAUAUGUUGAAACUGGCCACCUUACAAUCCAGAGCGAUAUAUGGAGUUUUGGUGUUGUUCUGUAUGAGAUCCUCACUGGCAGACGAGUACUGGAAAGAAACCGUCCGACAAUGGAGCAGAAGCUUCUAGAAUGGGUGAAACAGUUCCCAACUGAUACUAGUAGAUUCAGCAUGAUAAUAGACCCAAGACUCAGAAACCAGUAUUCUAUUGCUGCAGCUCGGAAAGUUGCGAAACUGGCAGAUUGCUGCCUAAACAAGAAUGCCAAGGAUCGGCCUACGAUGAGUCAGGUAGUGGAGAGCUUGAUGGAAGCAAUGCAAGUGUCAGAAACCACUUCUGGCAAUAGGAGUUCUGAGUCAUCUGGAUCUAAAAUUUCCCACCGGAGAUCGAAAUAGGAUUGUUAGGAGAAGUUUGUGAUCUUAAGAGAGCCAAAGAAUACAGAGUUUUUUUUUUUUUUUUUUUUAACUUACAGCAAGGUUAAUUGCUCGGAUAGUAAGCAUAUAUCCCAGGUGCACCCUCAACUUCUCCAUUCAGGUUCCAGAAUGUAUGUAGAUUUCUAUAAAUCUGGAAUAAUUUGAUUGAUUGAACAGAGGAAAGUCCAGGUCUUGCUUAAUCAGUUAUACAUUUUGUCCCCCCUACUUCAAAGUUCAUGUGUUCAUGAAAGGAGGUGUAUAGGUUGGUAUGUGGAAUGCUUGUAAAUCUCUAGACUGAAUUUUGUGUUAUAAAUCUUGCUGAGUUAUAAUGCAGCAUAAAUUUCCAUUUUAUAAUUUAAA